CAUCGCAACAUAACAGGCACACUUCGCGUGCCAAGCCAGUUGAAACUGCCUCGCAUAUAGACCGUCAACCUAUGAUCAAAAUGCGUACCGUCACCUCUGCUAUUGCACCUCUUCUAUUGUGCACAGCUCUGCCGAGCACCACUCAAGCUCAAAAUCCCUGGCAACCGUUCGGGGGGGGCGGGCCUCCGCCCUCCCCCGCUCCCACCUACCGCCCUGGAGCUCCUACACCAGCACCAACCUUAGCACCCACCCACAUGUCCGUGCCCAUGAAACCUGCUCGGGCCGGGGAAAAAUACAACUACGGGCACGUGAUGGGUCUGUCCUUGUUGUUUUACGAAGCCCAACGGUCGGGGCCAUUGCCAGCGUCCAACAGGAUUCCGUGGCGGGGAGACUCUGCCUUAGAGGACGGAAAAGACGUAAAUUUGGAUCUAACAGGAGGCUGGUAUGACGCUGGUGACCACGUGAAAUUCAAUUUUCCCAUGGCGUGGUCCGCGACAACCUUGGCCUGGGGCGUGCACGAAUAUUGGGACGCCUGGAAGAAAGCAGGGGAAUUGAGCAAUGCUUUAGACCAGCUCAAAUGGGUGGCAGAUUACCUGGUGAAAUGCCACCCGGAUCCUGACACCUACUACGUGCAGGUGGGCAACGGGAACAGCGACCACGGGUAUUGGGGCACCGCGGAAUCGAUGACGAUGAGCCGGCCGUCCUAUGCGGUCGGGCGGGGCCGGGAGGCAGGGUCGGCUGCCAUUGGAGAGGCUGCUGCGGCGCUGGCUGCGAUUUCUGUGUUGUUCAAACAACAAGGAGACAGCGUUUACGCGGCGCAUUUGAUAGACACGGCUAAGUCCUUAUUUGCCCUCGGAGACGGGAAUCAAGGCGGGUUCUCUGUCUCCCAGCCCUUCUAUUCCUCGAGCGGCUUCCGCGACGAAUUGGCGUGGGGGGCGGCUUGGUUGUACGAAGCGACGGGGGAACAGGAGUAUUUGGACAAGGCAGAAAGCUUGUACGCCGGCGGGUGCUGCGGCUCCGCCUGGUCCUACUCGUGGGACGCAAAGGCUCCCGGGGUCCAGUUGCUCCUCUACAAGCAUACCCGAAAAUCCCAGUACAAAACGGACUCGAGCAAUUUCGUCGGCGGUGCCAUUGGCAAAGGCCAGACGCCCAAAGGUUUGGCGUAUUGGGAUAAAUGGGGGUCGAACCGUUACGCAGCGAACGGGGCCUUCAUUGCCCUGGUGGCAGCCGACUACGGGAUCCACGUCGAGGACGGUCGGGCUUGGGCCAUGCAGCAGAUCCAUUACAUGCUGGGUGAUGCCCACGGUGGGAUCAAUAACGCCACGGGCUUGCCUUUCUUCUCCUACGUGUGUGGCUACGGCGAUGAUUUCCCUCGGGCUCCCCACCACCGUGGCUCCUCCUGCUGGUCUGGUACCAACUGCAACUGUGGCAGCAGUCCGCAACCCCACGUCCUCUACGGCGCCUUAGUGGGUGGGCCCGGAAACAACGAUGACUACUCCGACUCGUGCUCUGACUACACCCGGAACGAGGUCACCACAGCUAUAAAAUAA